AUGUCCGACGAGAAUCAAAACGGCGCCACGGGCGCCAAGCCAAAGAAGCAAAUACUCCUCAACGCCUUUGACAUGUUCACCGUGGGACACUUGUCCUUCGGCCAAUGGCGGAACCCCAAGGACAGGGCCAAGGACAAGCGCCGGGAUCUCACGUACUGGACCGACCUCGCCAAGCUGCUCGACAAGGGAGGGUUUGUAGGCCUGUUCCUGGCCGACACGUACGGGCCGUACGAUACAUACAAAGGCAGCGCGGAGCCGUCAGUACGGACGGGCGCUCAAUGGCCGAUGGCUGAUCCCGUCAUCCCCGUCUCGGCGAUGGCUGCUGUGACCAAGAAUCUGGGCUUUGCCAUCACGACGUCGACUUCGUACGAACAGGCCUACGUCGUGGCCAAGCGGUUCAGCACUCUCGACCACCUGACGAAGGGUCGCUUCGGGUGGAAUAUCGUGACGAGCUGGAAGGAAUCAGCGUCCAAAGCAGUGAGUGUGCUUUUUGAACCCAAGGAUUCUGGCUGUUCUAAUACAUCUGCCAACCGCAAGGUCGGUUUGCCGCUGGUAGAACACGACACACGCUACGAGAAUGCGGACGAGUAUCUUCGGGUUUUGUAUAAGCUAUGGGAAGGGUCCUGGUCAGAUACGGCACUGGUGGAAGACGCCGAGAAGGGGAUUUACUCCGACUACUCCCAGAUCCGCCCGAUCCAUCACCACGGCAAAUUCCACGUCGAUGCUCCCUUCCUGACGGAUCCGUCUCCCCAACGCACCCCGGUCUUGUUUCAAGCCGGGACAUCUCCGGCCGGUAUCAAAUUCGGCUCAACCCACGCCGAAGGCAUCUUCGUAGCCGGCCUCUCCCCCCACGUCGUCGCGCCCAGGGUGAAGGCCAUCCGCGAGGGCGCCGUCGCCGCCGGGCGGGACCCGUACUCGGUCAAGGUCUUCGCCAUGAUCACGCCCAUCAUCGGCCGGGACGAGGACGACGCGCGGCGCAAGUACGACGAGGCCCUGCGCCACGUGCUCGUCGAGGGCGGGCUCGCGCAGUUCUCGGCCACGACGGGCAUCGACGUCUCCCGCUUCGACCUCGACCACGAGCUCACGGAGCAGGACGUCGCCGGCAACCUGCAGCGCAUCCACUCGUCGCUGUACAACCUGCGCUACCGCGGCGACGACGUGCCGAGGCUGACGCCGCGCAACCUCGGCACCGUCGCGGCCAUCGGCGGCAACGGCGCGAUGCCGGUCGGCACGGCGGCCCAGGUCGCCGACGUGUUCCAGGAGUGGAUCGACGUCGCCGACGUGGACGGCUUCAACAUCGGCUACGUCAUCACGCCGGGCAGCUUCGAGGACGCCGUCGAGUAUCUCGUUCCCGAGCUGCGGAGCAGGGGCCUCCUGCCGGAGCUGGUACCCGAGGGGGGUCCGGCGCCGACCUUCCGGGAGCAGAUUUACGGGACGGGACAGAAAGGGUUGAGGUCCGACCACCCGGGCUACAAGUACAAGUACGACACGUACGAACAGGCCGUUGCCGAGGAAGAAGCUGCCAAGGCCGUCGCUACCGAGCAGAAGGCGUGA